GUUCAAAUGAACCGAUACAAAAAAUAGAAAGGAAUGAUAAAAACAUGACACUUAUUCAUGCGCUUGUAAAACCUAUUUAUCUACUAUUUCUGACUAACCGAAAUAAUUUAUCUCGUAUGCCUGGUACAAAUAAAAGUGUCAGAGUUAAUAUGUAGUGUAGAAUGCAUUGCGAAUUUGCACACCAAUUUGCUGAACAUAUAACAUCGUACUUGUUCGAUAAAUGGAAACGUUUGAAUAAAACUUGGGAAAUAAAUCAUAUUGCACUUCCGGAUUUUCAAAACGAAAGCAUCAUAAAUCUGGGCCUUAUUCUUUACAGAGAAGCAGAUAUUAUCUACAAUGACAAUGUAGAUUCUGUUGCGACUAAAAUCAAAGUUGCCCGUUUCAUAGCCCAUAAAAUAAUACAGGAAUGUUUUUAUUAUGAAAAUCCACUUUGGCCGUUAUCGUCUUCGUUAAAUGAGGCUAUUGUCGCAUUUUUUGGAUUAUAUGUCAUCAAUCAGGCUCUCCCAAGUACCCGGAUGAUGGACUUGUUUGUGGUACAAAUUCAACAAGAAUCCCUUCAUUUCGAUACUGAAUAUAAUACAUCACUUUAUAAUACAUCAUUCAACAUUUCUUUUGAACAUUACAGUUACAUUAAAGUUUACAGUGUAUUGCGUAUAUUACAAGAAAUGAUUACUGAAGAGAUAUUUUGGCAGAGUAUCCGUAUAUAUGUAAAGGACAAGUAA